AUGUCAUACUCAAAUACCAUUGAAGACACAACAAAAGAAUUAGAACAAAUAGAGGAGAAAAAAAUAAUUAAACAAAUCAAUCUCCCCAGAUAUCCUGUCUCAGUGGUAGAACCAACAAUGGCACUUUGUAAAAAUUGGGAAAUUGAAUUUCCCAUUUGUUCUAAAUGUUAUCAAGUUAUUAACUCUGCACUUGAAGAGACAUUGGCAAUGCUCUCAUCUGAAUUUAGGAAACAAAGAAUUAAAUACCAAGAGUUAAUCGAAUAUUCAAUCACUGAAACGUUAGACGAAGACAUUAAAAAAGAACUUGAAGAGAUUGAGAAGUUAACAGAUGAAGUAACAUCCUUACAAAUUCAAAAUGUAAGACUUCAUCAUCAAAAAAUAACAAUUGUUCAAUUAAAAUACAUUGAAACAAUGAUUCAUCAAAGUCAUUGCCAAGAACUUAAUGUUCUAGUUUAUUAUAGUAAUUAUUCAAUUAGUGCUUUUCAUAUCCCACAAAAUUCUAGAGUUAAACGGCUUGAAAAAUUUCUAAGUUCUACUACGACUUUUGACCAUUUGUUUCAUAUUAAUUGGAUAAACAACAAUGACAUCUCGAUUAAUGGAACAGCUAUAAUCACUACUCUUCUACUUAGAAAUAAAAAAAAAUAUGCAUUAAUUGUAGAUGUAAUUCUGAGGAUGAUUAGAGUGUUAGAAAGACAGUUUAAUCUUAACCCUCUUCGACUACCUAGUAUUCAUGUAAAAAAACCUGAUGACUUUUUUAUGUAUUGUUUAGUCUCACUUCAUCGAUUUAUUAUUUACUCUACUACAGUUAAUGUAGACCUUAUUAUUCCUUAUCGCACAAACUUAGAAACAAAGAAAAUAGGCAGAGCCCAAUUUAUUCCUGUAUGUUUAAAUAAUAGUUAUGAAAUGUUUGAGAUUGGACUACGGUUCUUUUUUACUGAUGUGAAAUUAUUGAUUGAUUUUGCAACUAAACUAAUCCAGAUUGAAUGA